GUUGCUUCUGCAAAACUGACCUCCAGCAACCGCAUCGUCGUUCAAUAGCUUUUCCCAAAUGGCCUCUGCAAUCGCAAAGCAAACCUACAACGUCUUCUUCCGCCGAAGCUCCGCCUACCUGGCUGGCAUCUUCGCGUCGGCCUUCGCUUUCGAAAUUGCCUUUGACACUGUAUCCGACAGGGUGUGGGAUUCGAUCAACAAGGGGCGCCAGUGGAAGGAUAUUCGUGACAAGUACAUUCAGUAGAAAUGCAGAUGUACACGCUUCAUACCUCCAUCCGUUUUGUUACUCCUACUAUAUCAAUGUUGCACACCCGGCAUACGGUUUGGAGUAGAAUAACCAUGUAAUGAACAAUAACUGGAAUACACCUUUUAAUAUCAGUGUGGAUCUAUGAGUGGGUAAUUAGGGGAAGACCG